AUGCAGCCCAUAGUGAAGCAGGCUGUCCUCCUGGAGCACACGGAGCUCUGCAGGAGCUCGAAACGCCCUCGACACGCGGCGGCGCCUCCGGGGCCGGCCCUCGACGGGGCGGGCGGGCCCCAGGAGCAGUUCCGGGGCGGUCCCGUCGUCACUGCCGCUUCCUCGGCGGGCGAUUCGAAGGUGGUGUCGGGGGCCGCUGCCGGUCCCUCGUCAGGCAGGCGGGACACGAUGGAGCUGUGCCCGGAGCUGGAGAACUCGCUGUCGCUGCUGGAGCCGGGCGGCGGCCGGCCCGAGCAGCAGCAGCGAGAGCGGCGGGCGGGCGCGGCCCCCAUGCCCAUGGUGUUCAUGUGCUCCGGCUGCAGGCGGCCCGUGGGCGACACCUCGAGCUGGGUGGUCAAUGACGAGGAGAGCGGCUGCAUCCUGCUGCGUAGUGCGGCCGGCAGCGUCGCCGUGGACCCGGAGCGGAAGGUCUCCAAACUCCCCGGCGAGUGCGGAUGCGUGGUAGAAACCUUGUUCUGCUCUGGCUGCUCGAGGACGCUUGGCAGCAUCUACAGGUGCACCCCAAGGCAUCUCGACUACAAAAGAGAUUUGUUUUGUUUCAGUGUCGACUCUAUUGAAAGCUAUAUUUUAGGAAGCCCAGAGAAGCAAGCUGAUCUUCACGAGGAACCGCUUACUCUUGAAAGUCGAGCUGUCUUGCAAGAGGUGCUGCAAAAGGUAGAUAUGAUACUGAAUGCUCUGGAGACAAGACUGACCACGAUUGAGUCCCGUGUGGCUACUCUGCACAGGCAGGUCUGAGAGGAAAUACAUCUUGAACUGUGGGAGAAAGACGAACGUGAAACUUGGCUCUGUAAUCCUCUGGGAUCUGUGGGAACAUUUCAAAGGCUGUGAGAGAGCUGAAAGCCGUGGGUGGCCUGUCCUGGGGGGAGCAGUGCUGACCGAGGCUGUGUCCCAGCCAAGGAGAUCCUCUUCUGUCCCUGAAGAUGAUACACCAGGGGUUUUCUUCUUAAUAAAGUCUUCUGACCAGUCCUGUAGACUUGUGGUUUAAUAGAAAGGUAACUGAAACAUUUUGUUAUUGACAGACCUGCCAGAGGAGCUUCCAUUACUGCAGUGUCAUUUGUGGGGCAGUUUCUGCUCUAACAAGUUUUUGAAUGCUGCUUAAGAGCAAUAGACCUCAUUCUGGAUGUCUGAAGGUGAGAGAAGAGAUGGUUGCAUCCCGGGAGCCUGAUUUUGGAAUGUUUUAUGGAAUUGGCUGAGUAGCUUUUACUUCUGGGGUUUCUGUAGUCUGUCCAUGGCAGGUCCAGCCUGUGCUUCAACUUGGAGCCCUCAGCCCACAGGGAAACGAACCUUUGGGGAAGUUCUUACAGCUCUGCUUAAUGAUUUAUGAAUUAUGCUGAUUUUCUGGAAGUAGGCUGUCCGUUCCGACCCAUUUU